AUGAAGGGUCUGAUUUCAUGGUUUGGUUUCAAAGUAUGGAGAUUUUUGGAGAGGGCAUGGGAAAUAGGCGUAGAUGACCCCAGAAAAGUGAUACAUUGCCUUAAACUAGGACUGGCUCUUACCCUUAUCUCCUUCUUAUACUUCAUGAGACCUUUGUAUGAAGGUUUUGGAAAAAAUGCAAUGUGGGCAAUAAUGACAGUUGUGGUAGUUUAUGAGCAAACUGUUGGUGCAACUCUAUAUAAAAGUUUGAAUAGAAUGAUUGGAACUUCUGUUGCUGGAUUUCUUGCUGUUGGUGUUCACUGGGUUGCUACUCAAUCAGGCCAAAAAUAUGAGCCUUUCAUUGUUGGCAUCUUUGUUUUCAUCUUAGGUUCUGCUGCAACCUUUUCCAGGUUUAUUCCAAUAGUGAAAGCACGAUUCGAUUAUGGAGCUCUCAUCUUCAUCCUCACAUUCAGCUUGGUCACAAUAUCAGGUUACAGGGUUGAUGAAUUGCUGAAAAUGGCUCAACAAAGGGUAUCCACCAUUAUUAUUGGAACUUCCUUGUGCACUAUUGUGAUCAUGCUAGUAUGCCCUGUCUGGGCAGGUGAAGAGCUACAUAAUUUGAUCAUUCUGAACAUGAAUAAACUAGCCAAUUCCUUAGAUGGUUGUGUAACCCUGUUUUUCAACAAUGUUGAUCAAAAUAAUGAAGAAUCCCAGACAAAAUUGCUUGGCUAUAAGUCUGUCCUAAGCUCAAAGGGAAAUGAAGAAUCUAUGGCAAAUUUCGCUAGAUGGGAGCCGGCUCAUGGUCAGUUCAACUUUCGUCACCCGUGGGAACAAUACCUCAAAAUUGGAGCAGCAAUUAGAAGGUGUGCUUAUUGUAUAGAAGCUCUCAAUACUUGCUUGACCUCAGACAAUCAUAAGGCCUCUCAAGUUAUAAAGAAACAAGUAAAAGGUAGCUGCUUGAGAUUGAGUUCCAUCUUUUCAAGUGCAGUAAAAGAGUUAGGCAAAAGUAUUCAGUCUAUGCGAAAACCAUCCACUGUAAACUUGUUUGGAGAAAUGAAUAAUGCAGUACAAGAGCUUCAAAACGACUUGAAAUCUAUUUCUGAUUCACUCAAUUUAAGUCCGCCCUCAAAUCCACAAUCUCUUCCUACACUGAUGGAGAUCAUUCCACUAGUAACUUUUGUUGCUUUGCUGAUUGAAAUUGCAUCGCGGGUUGAGGUCAUUUCUAACGCGGUUGAAGAGCUAGGCAAUGUAGCUGAAUUCAAGGAUGCGGAAUCUCCAAAGAAGUCGAAACAAAAUCAGAAUAACUAA